GUUGCUGAGGAUUCAAGAUGGCGGAAGCCCUGACAACUCAGGAGCACCUGGGGACUGUAUGUGGUGUUCCAGGCUGUGGAGGAGUUCCUGAGUGAGGUGCGUUGCAGGGAGCAGCCUCACUGCGUCGGGCUCGUCUCCCAAGCCACAGCUGUUAAGUUUCUUAUGGCCCGCAAGUUUGACGUCUCCCGAGCCGUCGACCUCCUCCAAGCAUACAAGAACACAAGAAUCAAAGAGGGGAUCAUCAAUAUAGACCCCGACGAGGAGCCCCUGCGUUCUGAGCUGCUGAGUGGCAAAUUCACCAUCCUGCCUGGACGUGACGCAAAUGGUGCUGCGCUCGCGCUCUUCACAGCUCGCCUCCAUCGGCCAGACGUGACCACUCACAAAGAUGUGCUGCAGGCCAUCAUUUAUCAGCUGGAUAAAGCCAUAGACAGUGUUCAAACCCAGAGAGACGGACUUUUAUUUAUAUAUGACAUGACCAACUCCAGUUAUGGGAAUUUCGACUAUGAUCUCUGUGUCAAGAUCCUCAAUUUGCUCAAGGGGGCGUUUCCUGCUCGUUUAAAAUGUGUCUUUAUCGUGUCUUCGCCUCUCUGGUUUCGAGCACCUUUUGCCGUUCUACGCCUCUUUGUGCGUGAGAAGCUGAGAGAACGGGUGUGCACAGUGAAGGCUCACAAGCUGGCCAAUCACAUCCCAGUCUCCUCCCUCCCUGAGCACCUUGGCGGGACAUCCCAGUAUAGCCACGUGGCCUGGAUCCAGUCCUGCAUCAACGCAAACACUGUAGAGGGUGACGCGCAAGUACACCACACGCACGACUGCGUGGGAAGCCUUCUGCGUUCUUACACCCUCGAGUGCGGCGACCAGAGCGUCGGCGCCGCGCUGACCCACGGCCAUUUAAGUACUCAGCUUGGCUCGGAGCAAGCCGCGGCUAACUCUAAUUUCUAUGACGAUAGCAAUGCGAGCCAACGCAACCACUGUGGUGUGGACGAGGGCAGGACUCUGGGUCAUUCUCAGCUGAGCCCGCAUUCUGCUGCAAACAGUCUACCGGGGAAUCACCAACACUGGAACGGCUCAGCUGGGAGCGGAAACAACAGGAGCCCCAAUUCUAACAUGAACGGUCGUGGACGUCCGGCUCCCCCCCAGUCGGACACACCCCCUGACACGCCGCUCCCUCACAAAGGCGAUGGGGACGCGGUGGAUGGCGGGACAGCAGACUCGGUUCGCGGAUCUCUGAGUGAGCAUAUUAAAGAGGUGGAUGACGAGGGUGAGGGAGAUGAGGGCGUGCCGCCGCUGCCCCAGAAAGCUUUGCCCAGACCGCUCCACCAGCCCACCUCCCAGACGUCGCCCUUGUCCUCAUCGUGGGGUCCUGAUGACGAGGACUGCCGCGUGGAGGAGUCCGUUCACAUGCCGGAACAGGGAGGAAUGGCGAUGCACGAGUUGGUGGAUCAUGUCAAGAGGAAAAAGAAGAAAGGGAUCUAUCGGGAGUAUGAGGAGAUUCGCAAGGAGCCACCCGCAGGCACCUUCGACUACUCCAAGAAACUCUCCAAUCAGCUCAAGAAUCGGUACAGCGAUGUUCUGUGUCUGGACCAAUCCGGAGUGCGACUCUGCCAGCUCUGUGACGACGAGGAUGAAACUUCAGAUUACAUUAAUGCUAGCUUCAUGGAUGGCUACAAGAGGAGAAAGGCAUACAUUGCUACUCAGGGUCCUUUGCCCAAAACAUUCGGGGACUUUUGGCGCAUGGUGUGGGAGCAGAUGGUACUUAUCAUUGUCAUGACAACGAGAGUGGUGGAGCGGGGGCGUGUAAAAUGCGGUCAGUACUGGCCGCUGGAGGAAGAUAGAACAGAGCAACACGGAUGUUUCCUGGUCAGGAACACCCACAUCCAGGUCUUCCGCGACUUCAAACUCUCACAUCUGGAGCUCUGUAAUACUCAGUCUGGGGAGAGACGGGACGUGUGCCACUACCUCUACGUCAGCUGGCCGGACUUCGGGGUGCCCAAGAGUGCGUCGGCCAUGUUGGACUUUCGCGAGGACGUUCUUCAGAGGCGGGACGUCGCAGUCCAGAGUCUGGGCUCCAGUUGGAAGGGGCCUCCAGGGGGCCCUCCCGUGGUGGUACACUGCAGCGCUGGCAUCGGCCGGACAGGCACAUUCUGCACGCUGGACAUCUGCCUGUCCCGGCUGGAGGACAUCGGCACGGUAGACGUCCACCAGACAGUGCGGCGCAUGCGUACGCAGAGGGCUUUCAGCAUUCAGACCUGGGAGCAGUACUACUUCUGCUACACGGCGGUCAUCGAGUACGCCGUGCGCCGCGGCAAGCUGAGCCCGGUGCAGUGGUCCGACUCGGAAAUCGAGACGGACAGCGAGUGAGAGACGCGCGCAGGGGCGGGAAGUCGGCCUGAACCCACGUCGGCGUGGAAGGUUUUGGAGUAGAAAGAGGACGGAGACGUCUCCGAUGCCGUCUCGGUGAUGAUGCUCCGAUCCGCGUCGGUCCCCCUUGUGAACGGACGCGCAGGGUGACCUGAAGAGCUUUGGAGUCCUGCCAAUUUCAGAGCAAAUGGCAGGGGAGCUCGGCCUGCCCUGCACUUAUCCUCUUGACAAGAACCAUGUAGCAUUUUUCUAUUGUCUUGCACAUGAGGAAUGGCAAACUUGAACCUUUAUCUUCUUCACCCUCAAACUGUUCUGCCAUUUUCUUUCUGAGAGGGGAUGCAGCUUUUGAGUGAGACACGUUGUGACAGAUUAGUGUGUGAGCCUUUUUUUUUUUUGUCGUCCCAUGACAUUUUUCUAUGUCUGUCAUAUUGUGUGCAUAUGUAGACUAACUUGCCAAAGUCAUCACCUCGAAUGCUUGUACUCCUUACUAAGAUGAUAUCGACUGAAAGCGUGUAUAUUCUUGUAACAUGCAGCUACAUUUAUAUAUGGUUGUGCAUAUUUACCUCUUGAUUAAGUGUAAAAAUGCCUAGUUUUAAAGCUGGACAGGUAAAUCCAUGUCGCGAGCCAAGCUAUAAAAAUAACAAUUACAGUCCCGUAUUGGAACGGCAAGGUCAGUGUCUUUGUUUUUGUUGUAUGUGGAAGACAUUUGCAUUUCAGAUCAAAAGAUGAAUAUGAUACAAAAGUUCAAGAUUCCAACUUUUAUUUCAUCGUAUUUACAUCUAGAUGUGUUAAACGCCGCAGGACAGAGCACCUUUUGUUGGAAGCCACCCACUUUUCAAUUGAGCAAAAGUAUUGGAACCAAUAUGAUUAACUUCAUGUAAAUAACAUUUAUUUGGUGGCGUAACCCUUACUUGCAAUAACUGCAUCAAUCCUGUGACCCAUUGACUUCGCCAGACUGUUGCAUUCUUCAUUUGAAAUGCUUUUCCAGGCCUUUACUGCAGCCUCUUUCAGUUCUUGUUUCUGGGGGUUUCUCCCUUCAGUCUCCUCUUCAGGAGGUAAAAUGCAUGCUCUAUUGGGUUAAGGUCCUGUGAUUGACUUGGCCAGUCGAAGACCUUCCGCUUUCCCCCCCCCUGAUGAAGUCCUUUGUUGUGUUGGCAGUGUGUUUUAGGUCAUUGUCUUGUUGCAUGAUGCAGCUUCUCCCGAUUAGUUUGGAUGCAUUUUUCUGCAAAUUGCCAGACAAAAUGGUGUUGUAGACUUCAGAAUUCAUUCUGCUGCUACCAUCAUGAGUUACAUCAUCAAUAAAGACUGGUGAGCCCAUUCCAGAAGCAGCCAUGCAAGCCCAAGCCAUGACAUGACCUCCACCAUGCUUCCCAGAUGAGCUUGCGUGUUUUGGAUCAUAAGCAGAUCCUGUUUCUCCAUACUUUGGCCUUUCCACAACUUUUAUGGCGCAUCUCUGUACCGGGUCAGCCGUGGCCCAAUGGUGAAGAUCAUCGCUUGCCACCAUGAGGGACCUAGGUUCAAGAAGCCCGACUGGACUACCCACCAACAUCCCCCUGACUCACGGCUGUGGUGUCCUUGAGCAAGACACUGUUCCCCCAAACUGCUACAGCAAUCAAUCUAAAAGGCAACGCCUGAGCAACGAGAAACACUCAUCAGUCAUGUUCAAUAUUUUUGCUCACUUGUAAAGUGGGUGGUGUCAAACAAAAGGUGCUCUGUCCUGAGUUGUUUCGCACAUCGAGAUGUGAAUAGUACCAUGAAAUAAAAGCUAGAAUUCUGAAUGUUUGUCUCAUAUUCGUCUUCUGAGCUGAAACCCAAAUGUCUUCAGUUUACAACAAAAACAAAGGAAUUGACUUUGCUGUUCCAAUACAUUUGGAGGGGACUGUAUAUUAAAAGUGAUCCCAUGCUCAGGCUGAAAUUUGUGCUCUUCUUUGAUUGGAUGAUUUUAAAGCAGUUUGGCCUUCAAACUGUUUCAUCUUCCCGUAUUCCAUAAUCCUUUCCAGUAUUACUCUUGAGACUCUCUCAGAUAAUUGUGCCUUCAGGUUGUCCUUUUUGUUUUACGUCACAGUGCAGCAGAUAGAGUAAUAAAAACGGCUUGCGCACUUGCAAAGGACACGGCACACACUUUUUUUUUGCCUUUAGUGCUGCCACUUCGGAGUAAUAUGAAAAGUCAUAUGAAUGGACAAAGUUCUGGUUCCUCUUAUCGUUUGACCUCAGGGGCAAAUUUUUUUUGCGGGGGGGGGGGGGUUUCUUUUCAGAUCUCUUACUGCGUUUUGCAUCUAAAUUAUCAUCCAACCAAUGUCUUUAUUUUGUAUUGUCACUGUAUUUUAUCCAACUAUAUUUAUGUCUUUGUAUAAAAAAAUUUUUUUUUUUAAAAAGUACAGGUUGAAACUCGUUUAAUGUUGGUACGACACCACAGCAGAAUCAUGUAAUAAGCUGAACAAAUCAGAUGGGAGUUGAACUAUAUAUUUCUGUUGUUAAAAAGUGGUGUGUGUUGGAGAAAAUCCUACCAUAAUAUUUUCAGAACUGACUUGUAUAAUUGCUGAUUGUUCCAUUGCUUUGGGGUUUUGUUUAGGAGGAGGGCCGAGGAAUGAGCUGGAAUGGAACAAAACAAAACAAAAAGUGAGGUCCUGCCGUGUGCUGGUCUAUUGAUUGAUUGGUUUGUUUGCAUGAUCACAAGAGUCUUGAAUGUUUUAAGGGAACUGCUAUUCGGUUGAUAUCGGUGUAUUUGGACCCCUGGGUGCCAAAGGCCGAGCCUCCCCUUUUCAUGAACCCUCGGCAUGGAGCUCCCAAUGCAGCCUCACCCCACCGACACACGCGGAGAGUCUGAGGAGCACGUCGUAUGACAAACGCCACGCUAGACGUAGAAAGUGCAAGAGUACGCAAGUCUCUCGAUUCUCCAUGUUCUUAAUUUGUUAUAUGAAGAGAGAAUAAAAACAAGGUCACGUGUCAUCCUGGUUGUUUGACUGUUCCCGUGUAUAUCUUGAGCUUGAAUGUUGACGUUUUUACACUCUGUUUGCCCAGCCGGCCCAUUAAAGCAAUGCUCUCACUGUCUGGGUAGUGUACAAAACUUACUGACCUCAUACCGCUUUAAAAACAAAUUAA